CAUCAACAAUAUAUUCAUCAAUUUGUUCACUUAUUCAAAAAUUUAUAAAUUAUUUAACAAAAGAAGAAGAAAAAGAAGAAAAAGAUAUUUCAACACUUAAAAUAACUAUAAUGGAAUCACGACCAUUAAAUGAGGGAGCAACACUUGCACAAAAAUUAUCAACAUGGUUAACAUCAACAUCAUCAUCAUCAUCGACAAAUUCUAAAAUUUAUAAUAAGAUAAUUAUACAAGUUAUAACAGAUGCAUCAUGUAAUUAUUUUAUGCCAACUGUUACUCAUGUUUUAAUUGGUGCAGACCAUAUAUCAGGUAAUAAUGGAGAUAUAAUUAAUAAGAUCGGUUCAAUGUCAUUAAUCUUAUCAGCAAAACAUUUUAAUAAAUCAGUUUAUAUUAUAACCACAUCUAAUAAAAUAUCAUCACCUUUUGAAGAAAAAAUUGAAGAAAAUGAAUCAAAAGAAUUAACAAAAUCUUAUGGAAAUGAAUGGAUUAAUAAUAUUAAAGGAAAAAAUGUAUUGAUUAGAAAUAUUUAUUUUGAAAAGGUGGAAACAAAAUUCAUUGAUGGAUAUAUUAUGGAAAUUAAUGAAGAAGAAAAUAAAUCAAUUAUCAAUACUAAUAAGAUAAAAGAAUUAUGGAAUCAAAGGAAAGAAGACGAAAGAAUUUUUGAAGAAUUGGAAGUAAACAAUUAGUUAAUCGAUUAUAAAUAGUGAAUGUUACUCAUAAUUUUCUAAUAUUUAUCCGAUGGAAUGGUAAAUUAAUUAGUUACGCAUAUAAUAUUUAUCCGAUGAUAUUUUUAAAACGUUAGGCAUUGUGACUAAAAUUCUACAUAA